UCGUUCCCGGGCAGUAUAAAGUUUGCUGUCUCCUUUGUUCGCCCUCGUUGCGCAGUAGUGCGAGCCGCUUCUCCCUUCCGUCUUCGAGACCGGCCGCCCUCCCGCGUCCCGAGCUGCUAGGAAUCCGCUAUCGCAGGAGCCUGGGACCGUUGUUACCCCUCCGGUAGACUUAGACCAGGGGAGAAAAAUGGUUGAAGCAGAUCGCCCUGGGAAGCUCUUCAUUGGUGGCCUCAAUACUGAAACAAAUGAGAAGGCCCUUGAGGCAGUAUUUGGCAAAUAUGGACGAAUAGUGGAAGUUCUCUUGAUGAAAGAUCGUGAAACUAAUAAGUCUAGAGGAUUUGCUUUUGUCACCUUUGAAAGCCCAGCAGAUGCUAAGGAUGCAGCCAGAGACAUGAACGGAAAGUCCUUAGAUGGGAAAGCUAUCAAAGUAGAACAAGCCACUAAACCAUCAUUUGAAAGUGGUAGACGCGGACCACCUCCACCUCCAAGAAGCAGAGGCCCUCCGAGAGGCCUUAGAGGCGGAAGAGGAAGUGGAGGAACCAGGGGACCUCCCUCACGUGGAGGGCACAUGGAUGAUGGUGGCUAUUCCAUGAAUUUUAACAUGAGUUCUUCCAGGGGACCACUUCCAGUAAAAAGAGGACCACCACCACGAAGUGGGGGUCCUCCUCCUAAAAGAUCUGCCCCUUCAGGACCAGUUCGCAGUAGCAGUGGAAUGGGAGGAAGAGCUCCUGUAUCACGUGGAAGAGAUAGUUAUGGAGGCCCACCUCGAAGGGAACCCCUGCCCUCUCGUCGAGAUGUUUAUUUGUCCCCAAGAGAUGAUGGAUAUUCUACUAAAGACAGCUAUUCAAGCAGAGAUUACCCAAGUUCUCGUGAUACAAGAGAUUACGCACCACCACCAAGAGAUUAUACUUACCGUGAUUACGGUCAUUCCAGUUCACGUGAUGACUAUCCAUCAAGAGGCUAUAGUGAUAGAGAUGGCUAUGGUCGUGAUCGUGACUAUUCAGAUCAUCCAAGCGGAGGUUCCUACAGAGACUCAUAUGAGAGUUAUGGUAACUCACGUAGUGCUCCACCUACACGAGGGCCCCCGCCAUCUUAUGGUGGAAGCAGUCGCUAUGAUGAUUACAGCAGCUCACGUGACGGAUAUGGUGGAAGUCGAGACAGUUACUCAAGCAGCCGAAGUGAUCUCUACUCAAGUGGUCGUGAUCGGGUUGGCAGACAAGAAAGAGGGCUUCCCCCUUCUAUGGAAAGGGGGUACCCUCCUCCACGAGAUUCCUACAGCAGUUCAAGCCGCGGAGCACCAAGAGGUGGUGGCCGUGGAGGAAGCCGAUCUGAUAGAGGGGGAGGCAGAAGCAGAUAUUAAAAAACAAACAAAACUUUGGACCAAAAUCCCUGUUCAAAGAAACAAACAAAAGUGGAACCUAUUCUGUCAUAACUACCCAAGGACUACUAAAAGGAAAAAUUGUGUUACCUUUUUAAAAUUUCCUGUUAAGUUCCCCUUCCACAAUUUUUAUGUUCUUGUGAGGAGAAAAGUAAAAUGUUUAAUCUUAUUUGAUUUUAUGACAUUGCUUUCAAUAAGCAAAUGUUAAAUGUGUUAAGACUUGACAUGUGUGCUAGUGUUGUAAUUUUCCAAGUAAAAGUGUCCGUAAAGGCCACUUCCUCUAAGAUUUUUCCCAGUAAAUGAUGAGGCAAGCAAUUCUAAGAUCUUCCACAAACUGUCUAGCCACCUAAAAUGGAGCGAUGAGUCGUCCUCCUGCCUAUUCAAACAAGCUAGCUGUUAGAGGGUGGUCGGGGUUAUGCUACUCUUAGGAUUUCAGAAUGUCUUCAAACUGAAAUCUCAAUGUUCUCAGUAUGAAAAACCUGAGAUCAGAUGCUUAUAUGUAAGGAAAGUGCUAUUCGCCCAGUAAACACUCAAAAAAAGCAAAUGGAUAAUGGCCAUAUUUUGUCUUUCUGACAUUUCCUUGGGAAUCUACAAGGAAAACCCCUUUCCCCCUCCCCCGAUAAGACCAUUUAAGUGUGUGUUAAGCAACUACAGAAUACUAAAUAAAAAGUUUGGCCAAAACCAA